CUAGUUUAUGCCCGCGUAUCCAGAGCGCUCCAUAUAGGCUAGCUCUGGCGGAUGAACUUAUGUUGUGCGUGCCGCGGCUCUUGUCACUCAUUCGCUGCUGCUCGGAGCGCAUUCUGUGUCAACGGCUGAGGACCAAUUCAUGAUAUCACAUCAACCUGAAACAGGGACAAAGCGUCGUAGUCAUUUAGAUAAUAACUGAACCAACUCUCUCUACCUAUUCUACACGGAGCGUACCUUGGGAAGCGAUUGCAAUGCUUCAGAUAAAGGAUCUCAUUUGGACAUUGCUUUUCUUUGGUUAUGCAGCUGCCUUGCAAGUGGAAAUCACUCCGUCCCAGGGAGAGGUCAGCGUGGGAGAGUCCAAAUUCUUUUUGUGUGAAGUUACUGGAGAUGCUAAGGAAAUAGACUGGUUUGCACCCAGUGGGGAGAAGCUCCAGCCAGGCAGACCAGACAUCAGCAUCAGCAAGAAUGAUGAGUCCUCGUCGACACUCACAAUCUACAAUGCCAACGUCGACCAUGCAGGCAUGUACAAGUGUGUGGCGAAAAGCGGCGAUGAGGAAUCUGAGGGCACUGUCAUCGUAAAAAUAUUCCAGAAACUCACUUUCCAAAAUGCUCCAACGCCUCAAGAGUUCAACGAGGGCGAUGAGGCUGACAUCGUCUGUGACGUCAUCAGCUCGCCGCCCCCAACAAUCAUCUGGAAGUUUAAAAAGACCAGAAUCCAGCCUGAGACUGAUGUCCGUUUCAAGGUCUUAAGCAACAACCACCUCCAGAUCCGCGGCAUCAAAAAGACAGAUGAGGGUGACUACACCUGCGAGGGCCGCAUCAUGGCCCGGGGAGAAAUCGACCUCAGGGUCAUCAAGGUCAUUGUCAAUGUUCUGCCAAGUAUCAGGACCCGCUACACUGAACUCAAUGCCACUGCAGACAUCAAACAGUCCGUGACGCUGGCCUGUUACGCAGAUGGCUACCCAGAACCCACCGUCACGUGGGCACGAGGUAAUAUCGUGCUGGAAUCAGAUGGCAAGUACAGUCUGAAUGAAGAUGGGUCGGAGUUGACCAUCAAGGACGUCACUAAGCUUGAUGACGGAGAUUACCAGUGCAUCGCUAGAAAUAAGGCCGGAGAGAGGAGCAAGGAAGUCUCACUCAAUGUGUUUGUACAACCCAAGAUCACAUUUCUAGAAAACCAGACAGCGUCAGAAUUGGAGGAGCAGAUCACACUAACUUGCGAGGCCACAGGUGACCCCACGCCCAACAUCAUCUGGAGCUUCGGUCGCCGGGUCUUCACCGAGAAUGAGCAGGCUUCAUGGACUCGACCUGAGAAACACAAGAGUCUGGAUGGUAACGUGAUCGUUCGCAGUGAUGCCCGUGUGUCCUCUCUGACUCUGAAAUACGUGCAGUUCACCGAUGCCGGCCAGUACCUCUGCACUGCACGCAACUCCAUUGGUCAGGACAUCCAGAGCAUGUACCUGGAAGUGCGCUAUGCUCCAAAGAUCCAAGGCCCUGCGGCGGUGUUCACCUGGGAGGGUAAUCCGGCUAACAUCACCUGCGAGGCCCUCGCUCACCCAGGCGCCUCCGUUUCGUGGUUCCGUGACGGCCAGCUGUUGCCUAGUGCUAAUACCACCAACAUCAAGAUCUACAACACUCCUGCUGCCAGCUUUCUAGAGGUCACUCCGGAGUCCCAGAACGACUUUGGCAGUUACAACUGUACGGCUACCAAUGUCAUUGGCACAGAGUCAAAGGAAUUCAUUUUGGUUCAAGCAGAUGUGCCUUCGGCCCCCUCUAUCGAGCGUGUGCAGCCUUAUUCCAGCACAGCAAUGGUGGAGUUUGAUGAGCCUGCCUCCAGUGGAGGAGUGCCUAUCCUCAAGUACAAGGCUGAAUGGAGGAUAGCAGGCCAAGACUGGACUGACAGAGAGUAUGAAGUUGGGGAUGGUCUCAGCUCGAUCACCAUUGUUGGACUGAAGCCAGAGACCACGUAUGAGGUCAAGAUGUCUGCCAUCAACGGCAAGGGUGCAGGAGAAAGCAGCCCCCCUGAGAGCUUUAAAACCCAACCUGUCCGGGAACCUACUCCUCCUAAACUGGAGGUUAAGCCACUGUCCACAGGCAACGAGAUGAAGGUCCAAUGGAUCAACCAAGACGAUGGGGGCUCUCCCAUCAAACAAUAUCUAGUGCGCUUCAGAGCUGUGAAUAUGAUUGGACAUGAGAAGAAUCGCCAGGACUGGAAGCCGGAGAUCUGUCUGCCCAACAGCAGUGAGUAUGUUGUUCUGCGAAGUCUGGACUGGAACACGGAGUACGAGGUCUACGUCAUUGCCGAAAACCAGCGAGGGCGAUCUGACCCCGGCAAAGUCUACUUCAGGACCUUGCCAGAACCCACCGCCAUCCCAGCUACCCUCGGCUGCUCCUCUGUGACGUAUGCUCUCGUCACUCUCAUGUUCUCCAUGCUGACUGUGCUAGUGCUCUCAUAAACUGGGGCUCGCCAGAGGAGAGGAGCCCCGUCCACCCUUCAACCACACCCUUCAGUUUUCUACACCUUUCUGAUCCUCUCGCAGGCUAAACAAACAAACAAAAAAGAAUAUCAGUUACAUGUAUUGUAAUUAAGCAGAGUGUUCGGUGCUUGUAUCAUUCUGUUUUCUUUUUUGUUUCUUGUCAUUUUUAGUUCCUUAUUCAUUUUAUGUUUAAGCACGGCUACGUUGAUGUGUUUGAAAAGAUGUUUUUCAAACCAUGGGCUUUUUGGGAGUGUUGUAGAAAAUCUUUCCCUAUCAAGAUGCCUAGUCUCUUGAUAUUAAUCUCAAUAUAAUUAUUCUAGGGCCCAUUUAGGAGAUAAACAGUCCUUAUUUUCAUUAUCUUCAUAAAUUUUUGUUGUUGUUAUUAUUAUUAAGAUAUGAACUAAUUUGGAAGGGUGUUUUUAAGGAAAAGGCACCAAGUCUGUGUGUUGAUAUGGAAAACGUGGUUUUUGUGACAAAAUGUACAUAAUUUUAGACGAUUCAGAAAAUAUAUACUUUCUGUAAUGGACUUUUAUUUUCAUUUUCUUUUCUCUGCUUCUUACUUGAAAAGACCGUUCAAAACUAAUGCUACUGCUGUUAAACUCAUUCACAUCAAUAAGUGUCAUUUUCAACACUGUAAUUUAAUUAUGUUCUGUAAUACAUUUUUUGUAUACACGUACCAGUAUGGUGUCAUGCAGUAAUCAUUGUAGGUUUUAAGAAAAUACAGUAAGCUAGAUGGAGUUUUUUGUUUACUUUGUGUUGUUAACAAACGCAACAUGGAUUCGAGAUGAAACCUCGCGGCAGCGAGCUGCAUGGGACUGUAAUGCGUGGCCGUUUCGUGUUUGUCCCAUGAUUACAUGGUGCUCAGUGUCUGUUUAGAGGGACCCAUGGAGCCUUUUACUUAUAAAGGGCAGGAGUGUUCUGCACCUCUUCUGAUUGACCAUCUCUGAGAUGCUAAAUUCCUUAAGGCUGUUUUUUUCCUGCUUAGACAGGAUUUAACAUAAACACCCCCAGAAUGAAUUUUAAUGCGAAACCCACAAGCGUUUUUGUGUGCAUGGCACCCCCUCCGUUGUAACCGUAUAAAUCAAUUUUGAACAAUAUCGAUGGAUGGAUACAGGUAUGGAUGACAACUGACCUCCAGCCAGCUGUCCGUAUUAAAGAAGACGGUGGUCAGGUUACAUGUCCAAGGCUGCCGUAUGCCAUCAAGAACGGAGAUACGAGUGUCAUUAUUAUGCAAGACCUAUGCAGGCAUUUCCUGGGAGGGUGUCGAGUAAAGUGCAACUAAUGUAAUUAAGUGUCUUACAGUAUAAAAGCUCAUAUUUAUGGCAGGGUUAUGGAAAUAAAUGUGGGAGGGAAUGGGGGUCGUUUGUUCAAUAAAAUGGAGUAGCAUUUGUUUCCCAUUUUGGAAUGGAUUCUCACGGUAAUAAAGUGAUGCGCCCUGGAGUUUUGCCUCCUGGAAACGCAUGUGCCAA